AUGGAAAAGGAAUUUGAGACCGAGAGCGAGGAAGAGGAGGAUGCCGAGGUUGGCUACCUCACGAUCAAUACUAACAACUUCCAAUGCGCUGAGUGCGAGUUCCCCACAAGGUUCCCCAAUCACAUGAAGGAACCCACGCUGAAGGAGCACGGCCAACAGCCAAAGGAUAACAAGGGAAAGUCGAAGGAGUCGGAAGCCGAUCUAGAGCCAAAGGAGCCAAAGGCGCAGACUGAGACGCCAAAGGUGCCUGAGACUCAGACGCAGAAACAAAAGCCAAAGGAAGUACAGCCGAAGGCCAAAAAGCCAGAAGCGGUAACGGAGAGCAAGUCUAAGAAGAAGCCAACAGAGGUGGAGACAGAAAAAGAAAAAGUAGUAAGCCAGGAGAAGUCAGAUGACACCCAGGACCCCAAAGUCGCCCUCCUUAAGCCCAAGGACAUGUCAAUAGACGAUGGUGCCGAGGUGGGCAAGUACAGCAAGCGAAAGAUACUGCAAGAAGAGGAUGAGGAAGUUGAUAUUGAGGGUAGUUUUCAGAAGGAGGAGAAGAUUAUAAAGAUUAUAAAAGUCGCUCAGUCUAAGGUUGGUGGGCUCAUAUCCGCUCCGCUUUCGCCCGUUAAGAAGGCAAAGAAAGGCAAAACAAGCCCCCUAGAUGUUUCUGGGGUCACCACAAAUGGUGAAUCUCCCGCCAAGCGCAAAAAGCAUGUCAAAUCCGAGGACACAUCCUCCAUUUCUGACGUGUCUCAACUGUCAACUGUCAACAAAAUGGCCCGGCUGGAGUCCGUUGGCGACUCCACUACCGACGAGUCCGCACUCAGCUGCGACCAGUGCGGGAAGUCUGUCGGCUCGCGCCAACGUCCGGACUCGCACAUUCAGAAGAAGCACAUCUCCCAGUUGAAGAGCUCAAAGUGCCAGGAUGUCUUCAUCAAACUGCUACACUAUGUGAGCCACUUUUGGGAUUGUUUGACCGACAACGGAUUUCCUUGCGGCGUGGACAAGUGCACGAAGGUCUUCAAGUUCUUCUAA